AUGACGAUUAUGCAGAAAAAGGUUGACAUACUUAUUGAGCUGGAUGGAUCACAGAAUGGAUUUGCUUUGUUUUUAGGGUCUAGUGGGAAGUGGGUUAGAUGUUUUUGCUGGUUCUGUAUUGCUGGGGAGUUGCGAAAUUCGAUUUCGGAUAUGGUAACAGGUGAUGGGAAGUCGAAAAUAUCAUAUAGGAGAGAAUUCCUACUGUCGUUUAGUGAAUUAGAUACUUGCAAGAAACUACCAAGUGGGUUCGACCAGUCAAUAAUAAGUGAAUUCGAGGAUGCUUUCAAAGAUCGACAGAGAACUAGUGGUUUGUCAGCUUAUAGUUUCAGGCGAAACGAGUAUGGUUCAUCUCCACCUACUAGAGGGGAUGUAGCUGGUUAUUCACGGCCAAUCCAUGGAAGGUGGGAAGGUCGUUCAACUGGACGGAGUGACCGGGAUAGUGACUCGCAAUCUGAUAGGGAUUCUGAUUCCGGAAGGCAUUUUGGGAACCAGUCUUGGCGGCCAUUGCAGGUUCCUGAGCAUGAUGGACUACUCGGAAGUGGCUCCUUUCCUAGACCAGCUGGGUUUACUGCAGGGAUAUCAGCACCAAAAGUUCGAUCUAACGAACCGUACCAGUUGAAUAGAACUAAUGAGCCAUAUCACCCUCCCCGUCCUUACAAGGCAGCACCUCACUCACGGAGGGAUACUGACUUGUUUAAUGAUGAAACGUUUGGUUCAUCUGAGUUGACAAGUGAGGAAAGAGCAGAAGAGGAAAGAAAGAGAAGGGCUUCAUUUGAAUUAAUGAGGAAAGAACAGCACAAAGCACUUCAAGAGCAGAAGCUGAAGCCAGAGAAGAAUAAAGGUGAAUUUGACUUUGCUACGCUGGUGGAUGAUUCCAAAGAUGAGAGGAGACAUAGAAGCAGUGAAGUAGAGGAGCCUCUCAUACCACCAGCUGCAAAUACUGAUUCUGAAAAAUCUAGUUUUCUUUUGCAAACUGCUGCACCCAGACCUCUUGUACCCCCAGGUUUUGCUACCACAGUUUUGGAAAGAAAUCUUGGACCAAAAUCCUUGAGCGAUACCCGUGAAGUUGAGGUUGGGAGUUCUGGACUUGAGGAAAAUAUCGUGCGUGCCAAAACUAAACCUGUUUUAAAUGGGACUUCUGAUAACCAAGUGGAGAAACAAUCAACUGAACAAAUGAUCUUGAGCAAGCAACAACAUGGAAGUGCAAGUAUUGAUGUCCCAGUUGAUGGCAUGAGUGAGAAGAAUCAAAAUUUGUCACCACCUCAAGGUGCCUUGAAUAAGAUAAUUGGCAUUGAGAGUCAACUCUAUAACAUAGCUAAUACAUCACAACCUGUAGAAGUCUCCAGAAAUAGUGAAGUAAUUGACCUUAAUGCUGAAAAGGUGAUGAGGACUAAGAUUGUUGGUGAAUCCAAUCAAGGUCCUCCUGCGUCAAUACUGGAAAAGCUUUUUACCAGUGCUGUAGCAUUAAAUGGAGUUGGCUCCUCUAAUAUCACUGAGCAUCAAGAUAGUAAAGAUGAUGAGACACGAAGCUCUGACACUGCCCAUUCUUCCAAAUUUGCUCGUUGGUUUCAUGAAGAAAGGAAACCCAGUGAUGAUUUCUCAUCUGGAAGGCAAAAUGACUUACUUUCAUUGAUCGUUAGUGGUGAAAAAGGCGGAUCCAGCAUUACUGCGGGGAAGAUACGUGAUCACAGGUUUCCUAGUUUUUCUUCUCAAAACUCUGAACCUGCGGACAGGGUUAUGAAUUCAGAUGUAUCUCCUACAGUUGGUAGCUCUGAGCAAUUGUCCAAAAGUAAUAAACCAGAGGCAGUUUCGACAGUCCUUACAUGUGAAGACCUUGAACAAUCAAUUCUGUCUGGAAUUAGUGAAAAUGGUCUGACCUUGCUGCCCCCUGUUCAAAAGUGGAGUCCUCCUGGGGCUGGUGGAAAGCCUGAGCAGCUGAAAGCUAAUGUUGAUAAUAAUGCAUCCCAGCACUUACUUUCACUUUUGCAGAAGGGAACAGGCUUGAAAGAUAUGGAACCAUCCUAUAAUCAAGAAACAAUGUAUUUUGAAAAAUUACACGACACUGAAGGAGCGACUAUUGGCACUGCAGUCCGCAUUUCAAAAAAUGAAAUUUCUGAAAAUGUUUCUGAUGCAGGGAAGAACCUGACUCUUGAAAUACUGUUUGGAACUGCUUUUAUGAAAGAUUUACAAACAGUUGGAGCGCCAGUUUCUGUUAAGAGGGCCCCAAUUGGAUCUGCAAGAGUAGAUCCUAUGCAGCCUCACAGCGUGCCUUUUCCUGUGACAGAUAACAGUCUAAUUCCUCCUGCAAUUCAAAUUGGACCCAACUCAACCAGUCAUAGUAUUAGUGACUUAACAGCAAAUCGGAGGAAGCAAACAAAAUCAGAUAUGAUCGAAGAGCAGUGGCUAGGUCUCAAUAAUCCUCAUAUUGAACUAGGUUCAUCAUCAUCACAGGUUGGAACCGACUUGGGUUCUAAGAUUGGGGCCUUUGAGGGGCAUCCUGAUUUUCGACUUCCUGAGGAGGAUGGCUUGAUUGCACCCAGCGAACCGUUGAACAUCCAAAAUUUUAUGUCUUCCGGGAAUCAAGUGAAAAGCAAAUUGUUCUCCUCCCCGAACACACAGAUGAAGGAAGCAUGGGAAGCCAAGAAGUUCCUCCUUUUCUUCGUGGUCGUGGUCCUUAUGAUAUGA